AUGUUCUUCCCCAGAGCACUCAAGGCACUUGCCUUGGCGCUGCAGCUUCGUGUUACGAUAGCUCUCGAUACUUGUCCGACGGCCGUGACAACUUAUACAGAUGGCACUGGCGCCCAGUACGCUAUCUGUGCCGAUACUGAUUUGCAAGGAACAACGGCUGUUGCCACGCAGAACGUUGCCUCUACUGCGGCCUGUGCUCAACUGUGUUCUGCAAAUUCGACAUGCAUUAGAGCAGUUUACGACACCUCGCGCAAAGUUUGCCACAUCAAAGACACGGCAGCGACUUUGACAUGGGUGUCCAACACCCGAUAUGAUGUUAUAUCUCUCAACAAUCAGUUCUCAGAGGGUACGGUCAUCGCCAGGUGCGUCUUUAGUGAAACUAGCUAUACUGGUGCGAGAGGCACAUUCCAAACGUGUCCUGGCACGGAUUUGCAAGGAGCAUCGGCGAGAAUCGUGACUGGUGUAGCAUCCUCAGCCGCAUGUGCCAAGCUUUGCGAUGCUACCUCCGGUUGUGACAAGGCCGUGUUCGAUAAAAGUGUCUCCGUCUGUCACAUUAAAGACACUACUGCAAUGCUGAUUUGGGCCAUGAACAAGAGAUACGAUGUGAUCCAGCGCAAAGUUGCAGCAACGCCAGCAGCUACCGGUCAGUGGUCUGACAUAAUUCGUCUACCUAUCAUCCCUGUUGCCGCAUAUGUUGUACCAGAGUCACCCGACACGAGUAGAAUGCUUAUUUUUGCAGCCUGGGGUGGCACGACCUUUGGCGGUGCCGGUGGCGAGACUCAAUUUGCGGACUAUAAUUGGAAGACGGGGACAGUAUCCCAGAAGACCAUCUCUAAUACCAACCACGACAUGUUCUGCCCCGGAAUCAGUCAACUUGAGGAUGGUAGGAUCAUCAUCACUGGCGGAUCGGAUGCUGAGAAAACGAGUAUCUACAACCCGAAAACAAAUACAUUCGCUCGCGGUCCGGAUAUGAAAGUCGCUCGUGGUUACCAGUCCUCGACGACACUCUCCGAUGGCCGCGUGUUUACUAUCGGAGGUUCCUACUCGGGUGGGUAUGGAGGAAAGGAUGGGGAGAUCUACGACCCUGCCACCAACACUUGGACUUUCCUUGCUGGGGCAGAAGUUGACGUUAUGUUGACUGAUGAUCACGAGGGCAUCUGGAGAGAAGACAAUCACGGGUGGUUAUAUGGCUGGAAAAACGGAUCGGUUUUCCAAGCAGGUCCGUCCAGAACCCAGCAUUGGUAUGGAACAGCGGGCACGGGAUCCGUUGUCCAAGCCGCUACGCGUGAUACAGAUGAUGCCAUGUGCGGCAUCAAUGUUAUGUAUGAUGUUGGGAAGAUUCUCUCUGCAGGCGGCGCAUCCGACUACGACGCCAGCACGGCGUGGAAGACGGCACACAUCACUACCAUCGGAGAACCAAACCAAGGAUCAACAGUAGAGAAAGUUUCUGACAUGGCGUAUGCCCGCGCAUUCGGCAAUGGUGUUGUGCUGCCAGACGGGACUGUCCUAGUCACCGGCGGCCAGAAAGUAGCGCACGUCUUUACAGACACGGACGGGGCCCUGGCUGCUGAGUUGUUCAAUCCCACCACCAAGACUUGGAAGACACUCGCAUCGGCAGCAGUGGCUCGCAACUACCAUUCCGUCUCACUCCUUUUGCCCGACGGCACUGUGUUCAGCGGCGGUGGAGGGCUAUGCUACGUUGGCUCGAAGGGCGCAUCGGAUGCCGCUUGUAACCUUGCUGUAAAUCACGCCGACGGCCAGAUCUUUACUCCUCCAUAUCUGUUCAACUCAGAUAACACCGCAGCAACUCGCCCAGUGAUUAGCUCAGUCUCAUCGUACUCAAUGAGAGUCGGCAGCAACCUGAGCGUCACCAUGGGCAGCGCGGCUGGAGGAGUCAAGUUUUCUCUAGUCAGGAUUGGCUCUGCAACACACUCUAUCAACACCGACCAGAGGCGCAUCCCGAUCGGCACCACUACACAGAGUGGAACGCAGUACAGCUUCACCCUAGAAAAAGACUCCGGUAUCCUUCUCCCAGGCUACUACUACCUGUUUGCGCUGUCAAGUACCGGAGUGCCUAGCGUGGCCAAGACGAUCCAGAUUACUCUUUAG